CGUGGUUACGUCUUUUUUUCUUCUCCGGAGCUUCUUUUUCGUCAGCUUCGAUACAUGAAAAAUAGGAUAAAUAUCGCGAGGAAUGCAUUCGCACCAUUCACGAAGAUCGUCCACGAAGAUUGCUGUUUCAUCGCUUCGCCGUUCGCGCGUCCGCGAUUUUUCACCGAGUCCGCGUAGACGUAGUGCCGCGAUAAUAGCAACAACAGCAGCCGACAUCAUCCCGCGAAGAUCCUUCUAACCUCCCUACUGAGGCGCUUUCAUCCCGCCAGCUUAGUUGGUCGUAAGAGUUUGGUCGUAAGAGACGGCUAAACGUGAGAAAAUAGUGAGAAUCAAAUUUUGGCCGAAAUUUAAAUCACAAAUCUCAUUACGGUAGCUUUCUUGGUCGGCAAUGAGCGACAACAAGCAGGUAGGUGAAACUCCCAGUAGCGAGGUUGCUAACCGAUUUCGAAGCUGUAGGGAUCUGAGCGACAUUGUACCGCUGUAUCCGUCGCACGCGCUUUAUCUGAAACCGCUUGCCAAAGUUAACGUGUCGGUCACUCUGCCCCAACUGAAGACUCCAGGCAAAACAAUAUCAACAUGGGAGGUAAUGGAGAAGAUACGCGCGCUUAUACUGCCGGACGAGUUUGCAUCUCUGAAAGUGGCCAAGAGCACCUUGGAAUUCAUUCGGCUCGAGGGCGACCUGCGGGACCGAUGCAGGUUGCCGAGGGUGCUAGCCAGACUGGAUUCGCAGCAGUUGAAUCUGGCCGGCUUCCCCAGUGUCCUCAAGGUCCGCGCGGCCGAGGCGAAGGAUGACUUUCCAACCAGGCACAGCUGGGACUCCUAUUUCAGGGAUGCAAAACACAUGAACGAGUUAAAGGCCGGUGAGAGACCGGACACUAUCCAUAUUAGCGGUUUGCCGGUCAAAUGGUUUAUCGAGGAUAAUGCAAAUGUACCGAGCGAAUCGCUUAUCACAAAAAUUUUUAAGAAAUGGGGCACAUUGAGGAGAAUCGACGUGCCCGUUGCGGAUUCCUAUAGAUCUAGAAUGCGGCUCGGUAACAACAUUCAUAAGUUCAGCUUCGAGGAUGGCAUCUUUUUCGACGUAUACGUGCAAUAUGUCGAAUAUAUGGAUUUUGUCAGGGCGAUGGACGCUCUGCGCGGUAUGAAGCUGUUGAAAAAGGAUGGUCAGAACUCAUUGACCGCGACAAUAAAGGUUGAUUUUGACAAAACCAAACACAUGAGCGACAGUUCAGUAUCUCACCGAGAAUUCGAGAGAAAACGUCUAAUAACGCAAGACAAUUUAGCAACAGAAAAACUUCGGAAGAGAGAGGAAGCUGAAAAAAAACGACAAGAAGAACUAAAAAAAAAGGAGGAGGAAAAUUCGAUAGCAAAAAUAGUUCGACAACAAAAGCGGGAAGAAAAACGGAAACGAAAAGCCCUCACAAAGUUUCGUAAGCAAGAAGAAGACAAAGUCUCAAUGAAGAUUGCCAGGGAAGAACAAAAAUUGAUAAAAGCUCAACGGCAGUUAGAAAGUAUACGAUUACUAGAUGAGCUGUUUGAUAGGAUAAAGACGAAAGUGGAGAAAAAAGAAAUUAAGCUAGAUCAGAAUGUGAAAAAGGAUGAAAAGAAAAGCGAUCAAAAAAGUGAAAAUGCUAAGAAAGUAGAUUUGGAAAAUGACAAAAAAAAUAAAGAGAAACAGAAGAAGACGAAAAAAGAAAAAAAGAAAAAGAAAAAGAAAAAUAAGACACAGAAAAAACGAAAAAGAGGUGAUGAUUCCAGUUCAGGUAGCACGUCAGAGGAAGAAUCGGAUAAAGAUACAAAUAAAAAAAAGCUUAAAAGUGUCUUAAUAAAGAACGACGGUGCGACUUCAUCCACAGCCACAAAUCUUACUUAUGACUAUUCUGAUUCGAUGUCGAGGAUACCAGUGAUGCCAUUCCAUGGGGUGAGGAUGCCAAGAUAUUCGAGAGCGCGAAUGAUGCGGUCACCAAUGUCGGAAUAUUCUGCGAUGUCAAUUCAUCAUCCAAUGUUAUCUAUUGGCAGGGGUCGGGGAUUUGUCUCGCGUUAUGAUAUGAACUAUGCACUGACAAAUCCUUAUUUGUAUAAUGGACAAUACUACGAGUAUUUCACACAUUUGGUCGAACGGGAUUCAAAACGGCAAAGGAUACGUAACCAUCAAAGAUCAAAUAGAUCUAACUCAAGAACGAAGAUCAAGUCGAGAUCCAAAACGAAAUCUAGAAGCAUCUCCAGAUCGCGUAGCAGGAGACGAAGCGGUUCACGCUCUAAGAGUCGUGAUAGAAGAUCGAAGUCAAGAUCUAGAUCGUGCUCGCGUAGAUCAAGAUCACGAUCACGCAGGUCAAGAUCGCGAUCGCGAUCUCACCGUUCGAAAUCGAAAUCGCGAUCUCAUGGUUCAAAAUCGAGAUCGCGAUCUCAUCGUACGAGGUCACGGUCUAGAAAACGCUCUAGAUCACGCAAUCGCCGCAAAUCAGCAAGUAGAUCCAUUUCAAGCACGAAAACAAGGACAAGAUCGAAUUCUAAGACGAAACACAAGAACAAAUCACGUAGCAGAUCAAAAUCAUGCUCCAGAACGCAUCGCUCUAGAUCUAGACGAAAAUCACGAUCUAGGAGUCGUUCCAAGUCCCGCAACAGAAAUCGUUAUAGAAGUAGGCGCGGUCAGAGAUCAUCUUCCAUUGUCAGAGUCACACGGGCUAAAUCACGACCCACAUCACCCAAACGAAAAUCACGCAGCAGUUCUUGGUCUCUACCAAAAUCGCCUGAUCGUAGAAGUUGCUCUUGGUCGAGAACUGCUUCCGCAAAUAAUGUUAACGAACAAGAUGUAAACAAAAAAUCCGAAAUAUCUACUCAAGAAGAAACAACGAAGUCAGAAGAAACGCAGAAAGCGAAUUGAUAAGACUCAUCAUUAAUUUUGUGUGGAAAUAUAUUAUGCACACAAAUUUUUUUUUAAAUACUGCUAGGAAAUAAAAUACAAACUUUUAGUAUAUUUGUUGCAACAGUACGAAUAUCUAAUAUUACCGAAGGUAGACAGAAUUUCCUUCUUGUAUAUAACUUGUAAAUAAUUAUGUUGUGAUGCAGUUUUCUCUGUAUUUUUAUAUUUAAAUUAAAAUCUUAAAUAACUCUUAAAUUUAUAAAGAGUUUUUAUUUUUUGCAUUUAUUUGUACAACAAAAUUAAUUAGAAUGAAAACAUUAAUUGAAUUUGAUCAAAAGAUUGAAUUUCUGAAAAUUACUUAAUGAUAAAAAAUUCUGUUCAUUGCUUAUUGAAUUGCGAUUAAAAUUUUUGGAAGACAAAGCUAAUGCUUAUUGAUAUUAUGUAAGUCUUAAAUAUUUUAUAAACACUUCCGUGCAUACAGACUGAUUCUAGUAACUAAAUUAGAUUAAUGAGAAUGCAAAUCAAUUGAUUUUUUUUGUUCUGUAUAUAAAAGCAUUGCAGUAAUUGAAAAGUCAACAAAUGUGUCGAAUGUUACCUUUUUUGUUUCAAAAUUAGUUUAAUAAUUAAAUAUUCAAAUUUAAUAUUAUAUUAUUGUGACAUACAAAUGCAACAGUGUAUUUGAAAAAAAUAUCACAAAAUGCUAAUCACACUAAACAGUGAAAAAUUCUUUUGUUGUCUUCUAUAGCUUUUUUUAGUUGUCUUGACUUAUAAGAGAGCUAUAAAUUAUUUCUUUAACUAACAUCAUCUUGCAUAAAAAUUUUUGCUAAGUAUAUAUCAACUAAUUAUACUUUAAACUUUUGUUGAACUGCAAAAUAAAUUGGAAAAAAGAAGAGUAAAACUCUCUUGUCUCUAGAGAAAUUGAAUCUAAAACAUUCAAUUCUUACACGAAAGCCAAUGACACUCAUAUAGGUAUAUUUGAAGAAAAAAUACAAUUUGUUACAAAAUAAA